CCCCGGCACCUGCUGCGGCGGCGGCUCCGGCCAUGGGCGCGCUGCGGCGGGCGGCGCUGGCGCUGGCGGCGCUGCUGGGUGUCUCCUUGGCCGUGCUGGAGGUGCAUGUGGGGACGAGCCUGGUGUUCUCCGUGGAGGGGCAGCAGGCAGUGCUGCCUGUCUGGUACACCAGCAACUCCCAGAAUGAGCCCUACAUCACCUGGAUGCUGAACAAGAAACCUGCUCCCUUCCAGAUCCUGUCAUUCAUAGGCGGGGUGGUGAAGGUGGAGGAGACAGAUCUGAUGUCCCGCGUGGGGUUCCUGUACCCCAUCCUCAGCCACAACAUCUCGUUGUUCAUCAAUGCCACCCGGGAGCAAGACUCGGGUCAGUACAUGUGCACCGUCAACGUGGUGGAUGACACCAUCAGGAUGCACAAGAACGUUGGCAUCAUCAACCUCACCGUCCUGGUGCCGCCAGCCACUCCCACCUGCCAGCUGCACGGCAACGCCGUCGUGGGGGCCAACGUGACCUUGAGCUGCUCCUCCAAGAAGGGGAAGCCCUCGCCCAUGUACCAGUGGCAGCGCGAGCCGCCCACCCUGCAGGUCUUCUUUCCCCCUGCCCAGGACCGGGCCAGGGGCACCCUCAAGCUGACCAACCUCUCCCUGGAAAUGUCGGGGGUCUACGUCUGCAGGGCUGAAAACCAAGCAGGUUCUAAGAAUUGCAGCAUUGUCCUGGAGGUACAAUCAACAAGCACCAAAGCAGUCAUUGCCGGCGCCGUGCUGGGCUCCCUGGGUGCCCUUGCCACCAUCAUCUUCUUUGCCCAGAAGUUUGUUGGCUACAGGAGGAAAAAACGUGACAGCCAGGAGGAGGGAGCCAACGAGAUCAAGGAAGAUGCCAUGGCACCCAAAACCCCGUCGUGGGCGAGGCGGCCAGCUUCAGACACCAUGUCCAAAACCAGCACCCUGUCCUCCAUCGCCGGCACGCGGCAAGCCUACGGAGCCAGAGCCCCCUCUGACACCGCCUCCAUCCUCACCACCACCGGCAGCUACCGGGGACCCCCGCCCCGGGCAGGGGGGCGGCCCCCCGCCUCUCACCCCCCCGCCGUUAACGGGACCCCCCGGCGCCGCCAGGACCCCGCCGCCGCCCCCGCGGGGUCGCUGCCCCCCUCCAGCCUGGCACGAGCCGGUGCCGUUCCAGUCAUGGUGCCAGCACAGAGCCGGGCUGGCUCCUUGGUGUGAGCACCCCCCAAAACACAGGGGUGCCCAUAGCCAGCCCAUCCCACUCCCUGUUUCCUGGGGUGGUUUUGAUCCCUUUUUGGGUUUCCUUUUCUUUUUAACAGAUGCCUCGAGCAGCUGGACUCAUCGUGGGUGUGUUUAAUGGGUGCAGGGGCUCUCUGCAUUUGGAGGGACCGAGUCUCCCCAUAAAUAUCACCCCCCAAACCAGCCCCAGCCCUGCCUCAGGGGGGUCCCCUUCUUGUGAUUUUUUUUUUUCUAUAUCUAUAUAUCAGGUGAAACGAGGGAUUUUUCAUAAAAGAGCAUUAUAAGUGGGGGAGGGGGAUGAUGGGGACACACACACACACACACACACACACACUUUUUUUAGGGGUUUUCUGAUUAAAAGCUGCUGCGCUGCCCAGCA